CUCCGAUUUGUUCUAAAAUGGCUUUGUAUUCAAAUCAACUUUCCUUGUCAUCAGAAAAUUUAGUAGCCAAAAAGAAGCCUAAAAAGCGAUCUUUGCUUCGUAUUAUUUGGACAAUUGUGCGCAUUGUUCUCUUAGCUAUUGUAAUAGCGGUGAUUGCACAGCUCACUUGGAGUUUUGUAAUAUUCUCUGGUGUUUUCAAUAAUGCAUUGUUCAAAAUAUAUUCUGGCAAUGGAGGAUAUUUCUAUAAAUUUGAAAAGGAGUAUAAUCGUGUCUGGAAGAAUGAUCGAGAACGCUUAGAGCGUUUGAAGGUUUUUGAAGAAAAUUGCCGUAAAAUUGAGGAAUUAAAUGAAGAAGCUGUUGAAAGGGGAAAGAAUGUGACCUAUGGAAUUAAUUCGAUGACGGAUAUGACUGACCAAGAAUUUAAAGAGAUGCUGCUUCCACUAGAUGCAUAUAAACAGCUACAUCGAGAAGACAGUUUUAUACGCAAGAUGACCCCAAUUGAACGGAACAAUAUUAAAACAGAACAUCCAAGUCAUUUUGACUGGCGUCCAAAAGGAGUAGUUACGCCUGUUAAAGCACAAGGUAAAUGUGGCUCCUGUUGGGCAUUUGCUUCUGUUGCUACAACGGAAUCUGCCUAUGCUGUAGCACACGGAGUUUUGAGAAGUUUAUCAGAGCAGGAAUUAUUGGACUGUAAUUUGGAGAAUUUUGCCUGUAAUGGGGGUAAUGUGGAAAGGGCAUUUAGUUUUAUACACGAUACGGGACUUGUCUCAGAAGGCGAAUACCCUUAUGUAGCACACCGACAGCCUGCCUGCCUGAUGAAUGAACACAGCAAAAAUUUAACAAAAAUAGAAUCUGCCGUGUUUAUCAAUCCGGAUGAGGAUUCUAUUAUUGAUUGGCUUUUAAAUUUUGGGCCAGUUAAUGUUGCCAUUUCUGUGCCUCCAGAUAUGAAGCCUUACAGAAGCGGAAUUUAUGCUCCUUCAGAUUUUGACUGCAAAUACAGGGUGGUUGGCCUUCACUCACUUUUGGUUGUCGGCUACGGAAUUACUGACAACGGACAAAAAUAUUGGAUAGUAAAAAAUAGUUGGGGGGAUGAUUGGGGGCAGGAAAACGGCUAUGUUAAUUUUAUUAGAGGGGUAAAUUCUUGUGGAAUUGAGGAUGAACCGAUUGGACUGUUGGCUUGA